AUGUUAAAACGUACUCCACCACAGACACCAACAUCAGUGUCAGCACCGAAUAUCCCAUCACUAUCCCAGGAAAUUGAUCCUGACACGCCACAAGGCAGCUCUGUUUCACACAUUAUAUCAAGGGGUCUUAAACGACACCGCGUCAGUGAGUCUACUGAAAUUAAAGACUAUUUUAUGGAAAUGUUUACAACCUGGAAAACGGAUCAGGAUAUUAAAUUUAAUACCUUAAUAAAUGCAAUGACCGAAAUUAAGGAACAAAACGCCGACAUACGGCAGUCCUUAGACUUUAUGUCAUCUAAAUAUGACGGAUUGCUAGAUCGAGUGACGUUAUUGGAAGAGGAACGCAAACGAAAUAUCAACCUCAUCUCCUUACUGGAAAACAAACUUGAAAACAUGGAACGUAAUCUAAAAUCAUCUAGCAUAGAGAUGAGAAAUGUACCUCAGCAAAGGAACGAAACUAAGGAAGACCUCUUAAAUUUGGUGAAGGUCACUGGGUCAGCGCUUAACAUUAGCUUACAGACUUCAGAUAUAAGGGAUGUUUAUAGAGUAAAUGCUACGGCUAGCGGCAGCAAACCUAUAAUUGCCGAACUAAAUAGUAGCAUACUAAGAAACAAUCUCAUUCAUUCAAUUAAAAACUACAAUAAGGAGAACAAGUCCAAUAAAUUUUCUUCUACAAAUCUACAUAUAAGUGGUCCAUCACAACCAAUAUAUAUAUCAGAAAGUCUCUCAUCAAAAACAAAGAGACUAUUCUACCUAGCAAGAACAGCAGCUCAGACAAACAACUACAAAUUCUGCUGGACCCGCUAUGGAAGGAUUUAUGUUCGCAAGUCUGAAGGGGCCUCACAAUUAAUUAUUAAUUCUGAAAACGAUAUUAAGGCAUUAACUCAAUGA